UUGUCUGACACUGUCUGGGUAGCCCUGAGUCUCCGCGGCCAGGCUGAGCGACCUGAAGUGAACCGUCUAUCAUAUCUCGCAGACCAAUGACGCUGCCGUGGUCUUAAUACUUCAUCAUUUUAUGCGUCAGCCAUGUCAUUGCUGCCCCAGUCGGAAGCGGAGCACUUUGAUGGCUUAUCCCUGCUGUACUGGACCAUCAUGGGCCCUCACGGGAUCAACCGCGCUGUGCAGAGACUGGACUUCACCGACUGCAGACGGGGCCUGGGUGUGAAGAUCACUGGUGGAUGCAGGCCAGAGACUGGUGAGGAGUUUGGCAUCUUCAUCAAGAGAGUGCUGCCUGGAGGAGUGGCUGCUCAGGAUGGGCGGUUGCGAUCAGGGGAUCUUAUUUUGGACGUCAAUAACAUAAACUUGUCUGGAGUCACUAAUGAGAGGGCAGUAGAGAUCAUCCGUGCGGCUUCUGCCUCCAACCACGUGUCUCUGCUGGUCGCCAGAGACGAUGAGUCCAGGAGGGAGUUUCGGGUGCUAAUGCAGAAGUCUAGUAGCAGCUGGUAUGGAAAAAACACUCCUCCAACUCCCUCUGCAGCGAAACUGGCAGAUACAGCCUCGUCCUCCUCGUCCUCUGCCUCCACCAGCCCUCUGCUGCUCAGCCCUGCUUGCACUGUACCACAGACACCUCCCCAGGCGUUCAGCGACUGUGUUAUACAGCUCAUAUGUGUUGCCAAGGGAACGGGUCUGGGCCUCCACAUCAAGGGCGGGACCAACAGGCCGGAGGGGCCAAUGGUCUUCAUCCAGGAAGUCAUGGCAGGGGGAGACUGCCAAAAGGAUGGGCGUCUGAAAGCAGGGGACCAGCUAAUCUCCAUCAAUAAAGAGUCCUGCAUAGGAGUCACACAUGAAGAGGCCCAGAACAUCAUCAUACGCUCCAAACUCAGGCCAGACCCCACAGUGGAAAUUGCGUUCAUCAGACGCCGAUCCUCGUCCAGUUCCAGCGGUAGUGGCCCCCACAGCCCUGUCUUCACGUCAGUCGCUGGUGGGGGGGCGCUGCCUCGCCCCCCUGCCCCAGAGACGCUACACCCUCCUCCACCCCUUUCCACCAAUCCACCCCCCCCCUCCUCCCUCCUCCCAAAGGUUAUCCCCGUCACCAGCACAGGCAGCGAGACCCUGCCCACACUCACUCUCAGCCAGGUAGGUGAUGUGUGUGCAAAGGAUAACAGUGCACCUGUUCCACCCCCUGUGAGUGUGUGCAGCACAGUGUCCAGCUCUGAGGCUGCCAUCAAUCUGCCCUCACCAACCAAUCAGAACACAUGUAACCCAAGUCCCGCCUCCAGCCCCAUUCCUAGCAGGCCACUCCCACUAGAGAAGCUGGAACUGGCUCUGGAGGUGUUGGGGUUGAGGCCCACUGAGGUUCAAAGGCAGAAUCUGAGGGAGAAGCUGAGAGCUGCACCAGGCGGAGGCGUCGCACACGGAGAUUUCGAGACCAUCACCCAGGAGCUGUUCAGGGUGCAGGUAGAGCCGGCGGCUAGAAGGCCGGAGGAGACACAGUCGGUUUCUGAUGACCUCACGUCAGAAGCGUCAUCACGUCUACAGGGCUCGACGUCUGACUCUGAUGACCUGGAAGAGAUGGAGAGACUGAGGAAAGAGCAUAUAGAGGCCCUCAGAGAGAUCAAGAGGCUUCAGGAUAAACUGUCUGAAUCACAGAAUCAUUAUCGCCAGCUCAUGGAGGAACUGGCCAAAGCCAAACAGGAGAUGAAGACGUUGGCGGAGGAGAGAUGCGUGCUGCGCGGUCGUGUCCAGGAGGCGGAGGUGGCUCAGAGGGAGGCGCGUGGGAUGGAGAUGGACUACGAGGAGGUCGUCCACCUCCUCGAGGCUGAGAUCGCCGAAAUAAAGACCAAGCGCGUCGACGCUUCUGGACCAAAGGAUUUGCAGGAGCUGAGGAAGAAAGUGGCGGUGCUGGAGUGUCAGCUGAGGAAAACUGAGGCAGCGCGCAAAGGCUUUGAGUCUACAACACGCAAACUGCUCACUUACAUGGAGGCUGCUCAGGAGUUCCUGGCAGAGAACCCUGUUCCUGUGAGAAGCUACAGUCCAGGGGGUGAGGGUUCCAAACUGGGUUCCGCGUCUCCGAUUGUCGGCGGCGCCCGCAGCGGGAAGAAGUCGAUGUGGACGGCCGCCAUGCUCGCCACCGAGGCUCGCGAGGUCACGCGCUCUGUAAAGGCCAUUCUGGAGGCGGACUGCUUGCCUAAUGGGUGGGAGGAGGCCUAUGCAGCAGACGGAGUGAAGUACUACGUCAAUAUCCUGACCCAGGCCACAUCGUGGUCGCACCCUGCGGCCAGCGCACUGGGACUGUGUGAGCCGGACGAGGCCUCGGCGGCCAGCGCUCACACACACACACUCACACAUGCGCACACACACAGCCCUCUUUAACCUGCCUCUUCAGAUGUGAGCCGCCAGACCUCAACAUACAGUAGCAGCCAGUGGAAAACCAACCCUCAGAAAACAAAGGCUUGCCCUCUGUUCUCCUUCUGUUGAACAAGUUCAACAAAAGUCUUAAACAAACUCCAAUCUUCAACCCAGCAGGCUCACCCCCUUAUCUCUCUCUCUCUCUCUCUCUCUCUCUCUCUCUUUCUCUUUCGUAGCUGGCUGAACAGGUCUUUGAACGUGGCCCACAUCAUUGUUCUUCAUUCUUCUGCAUGUAUUUUUGUGCUCUUUGUGAUGUGUUGCUUUCAUGAGCUGAAAAAGAGGCCUCACAUCAGUCAGUCUGUCAGCAGCCUUUCUUUCUCAAAGCCGCCUUCGUUGCUUCCUCACGCACAAAUGCAGUUUUGGACUUAAAAACUAGCCCUUCACACAGAGAGAGCUCGUGUACACAUACAUAUGUGAAUAGGAGCGUCAUCUAGACUUUAAAACUAGCCCUUCACACAGAGAGAGCUCAUGUACACAUACAUGUGUAUAGGAGCAUCAUCUAGACUUUAAAACUAGCCCUUUCCACAGAGAGAACUCAUACAUAUGUGUCUGGGAGCAUCGUCUAGAGAAUUUAUGCACAGCUUCCAUAUUCUCAGCUGUGAAUACAAGCCCUCUAAAUGCCUGAAAACUCUGUUUAAGUCUAUUUAUGCAACUGCUGCUGUUUUAGCCAACCCUAACAGACCUGUGGGUAGACAGAACGAACUUGGCAUCAGAAUAUGACUAUUUGUUUGUUUGUAGCUCUUUCAUGUUUAAGGUAAUCAUGUUUAAGGUUUAGCUUCUGUAUCAUAUACUCUGUUCUGGAGAUUUCCAAGCUUCCACAUUGCUAUUCUGCCGUUCAUCAUGUUAUGGCUUGGGCAGAUUACACGAUUUCAGCCCAAUUUUGCCCCGAUGUUGUCGCUGGGCGAUAAAUUCCCAGCGUCUUGCCUGAAUACGAAAGGUUGGGAACGAUGCUGAAGGAGGAACGUGUCUUGUAAUGUGACAUAUUCAACGACCAGUCAUUUGUUGUCUGUGACAUUCCAUGACACCACGACAAAAAGCCUAGCAUGCUAGAAUUUUUGGGGGGAAUCUCCCACGACACCCGUGUUGACACUGACACUAUGACGACACGUGAUGCGAAGGAUGACAAGCACACUACAUGGUCUUGUAAUGUGGCCAAUCUCCCGACCAAGACGUGGCAAGAAUUUAUGGUUCUAUGAUCGCAUAUUCUGACAUGGUCAGGUCAACCCUAAACGACCAUUUUGGCAAACAAAACAAUUGUGUAAUCUGGUCAAGCCUUUACUGUUGCUGGUGGAGCUGGAGUCGACAUGGCACUGUCUCAUUCUUGUCAUAGCAUAGACCUACAGAAGAUCAGUGUACUGUAGUGAUCAACAUGUCAGUGAUGCUCUUCAGAGGGUUUGGAUUUAUUUUGUGGCAAAUAAAGUGUGCUGACAUCCCU